UUAUUUUAAAUGAAUUCAUUUAACUAAACCGCGAAAUGGAUACUAUGGAGAAUGAUUUUCGUUAUUCGAAUAUCGGAAACAGCUUUGGCUUUGUUUGCAGGACCAUACAAAAGCAUUGUGGAAUUCAACAAAUUGGAUCCGUGGAAAGAUACGAAUUUGCCCAGCUACUGAAGAUUCUGAACGGCAAGGAAAGGUUCCUGGCCGCCAAGUUCUUCUGCCAAUUGCCAGCGAAUGUCGGCAGUUUCAGGGUGCUCCUUCAGCUCCAGGAACUCCGCAUCCUGACGGCCACGCAGUACAUCCUUAGCAAGGAGCACUUGGAAGAGCUGCAAGUGGACCUAAUCAUAUUCCUGGAAACCGAGUUCGAGCUUCUAAACAAUAUCUUCAUUUCCGCAGCUUACGCUUCCGACUCUGCACUGAAGCUAACCUCAAUCCUUACCGCAGCCUUGGGCAGUCUCUACUCCGGCCUCGUUAGCAAUCCCAAAAUAAGCAACUUGGGUUAUGUGGAACCUUUGCGCAAAGCCUUGCCAGAUGCUGCUUUAAGUGUUUGCAUAAACAUGCACUUGAAUACCCUGCUGGAACUCCACCGAGCGGAGAAUAUCAACGAGGCCUUUGCUCACUUCAGCGCCUGGAUCAAUGAGGGUGUGGACGAACUUACUUUUGUAAAGCACCUCUGCGAUAAGCUGUUUGUUGGGCAUCAGCAGGAAGUCCUUCAAUACCUUUUCAAACAGUCCAGCAUGGAAACUUUUAGGCAGUGGAAGUUCUACCUUAUUUUAGUACAAUCCAUCGCCAGCGCUGCUGAACCAGAAACCACUACGUACAUUAAAAAGUAUUUGAAAAACAGACUUUUGCAAACCGCUUCUACUGGCUGCCUGACAUCCCUACUUCAUUUGCUGCUGACUGCAAGGGCUACCUCUGCAUCCACCAUGGAUAUUCAGAAAAAUCUGGACAACUACGCCAAGUGGUACAAGCAGAACAUUGGUGAAAUGACCUACAUCCUAGGCACGGAAAAGUUUCAGAUCACUCUAGGACUCUUGGAGAAGUCUUUGGAAUACGAAAAGGAAUUGCAAUACCUCGAGAUUCACGUGUCAAUUGCCAUUUCACCUGGGGGACGACUGGUUCAAGCCUACAAAACAAAGUGCCGAGCACACCUUUCUCAACUUAAAUCGGCAGCAAAGCGUAAAGCUUCCAGAGACUAGUCGCAG